UUCAUCUGUCAUUUACAUAAAUUCAUCUUUAUUCUAUUUCACGUGCUCAAAACAUCUCAAAUUCAAUUCAAAAAAUAUCGCCGGAAAAUCAAGAUUCAGCGAACGCACAACUUUUACGCUUAUUUACUUCAGAUAAAGCUAAAGAGUGAAAUAUGGAUGUACUUAUGGUUACAUUAUUGCUGGGUGUGUUGGGUCUGUUUAUUUUAAUCCCCCGCCUACGCAAAACUGAUCUUGGUGAAAAGGGGAGGGCUAAUGUCACGACAAAGGCAGCAAAAGCGUACACCAAAGCUGAAGUUUCAUCCCAUAACAAGAGGACUGACUGUUGGAUCAUCAUUAAAGACAAGGUUUAUGAUGUUUCCUCAUAUGUCGAAGAACACCCUGGCGGUGAUGCUAUCCUAGCACAUGCUGGUGAUGAUUCAACCGAAGGUUUCUAUGGGCCACAGCACGCUACCCGAGUGUUCGACAUGAUCGAGGACUUUUACAUUGGAGAUCUAGAAAAGUAAAUUGUGACUUCAUUUACUUGUCUUGUAUGAACUCUAAGAAGCUGGUAAUUCUUGAGGAUUUAUCUGCAUGCUUUGAACCGGUAGAGAAUACAUUUUUCAUUUUCAGUUUUUUUAAUAUCUAAUCUAAAAGCUGAGUUUGUUGGAGACAGAAUACAUUUAUUAUAUAUUAAAAUUUGGUUUCGUUUUU